CUGCCCGGACGGGAUGGAGUGAGUGAGCGGCGCCCAGCCGGAAGUGGGGCCUCACAGGCAGGCAGGCAGGCAGGCAGGCCGGCGGGCAGGCAGCCAUGGGGACCCGCGUCAAGCAAAACCCGGAGACGACGUUUGAAGUCUACGCCGAAGUGACCUAUCCGGUGACAACAGGCACAGAUCCUGAGGUGCGGAGGCAAUUCCCGGAGGACUACAGUGACCAGGAAAUUCUACAGACGCUGACCAAGUUCUGCUUCCCUUUCUAUGUGGACAGCAUCACGGUCGGCCAAGUGGGCCAGAACUUCACUUUUGUGCUGACAGACAUUGACAGCAAGCAGAGGUUUGGGUUCUGCCGCUUAUCUUCCGGGGCCAAGACCUGCUUCUGCAUCUUAAGUUACCUCCCUUGGUUUGAAGUCUUCUAUAAACAGCUCAACAUCUUGGCAGACUAUACAGCCAAAGGCCAGGACAGCCAGUGGUAUGAACUUCUCGAGACUCUCUACAAACUGCCCAUCCCUCAGCCUGGCUCUUCUGUCCAUCUCAGCGUGCACUCUUAUUUUACUGUGCCUGACAUCAGAGAACUUCCCAGCAUACCUGAAAAUAGAAACCUGACGGAGUAUUUUGUGGCUGUGGAUGUGAACAACAUGCUGCACCUCUAUGCCAGUAUGCUGUAUGAGCGGCGCAUCCUCAUCUGCUGCAGUAAGCUGAGCACUUUAACGGCCUGCAUCCACGGCUCCGCAGCGAUGCUUUACCCCAUGUUUUGGCAACACGUUUACAUCCCUGUCCUGCCCCCGCACCUCUUGGACUACUGCUGCGCUCCCAUGCCCUACCUCAUCGGAAUCCAUUUAAGCCUCAUGGAGAAAGUUAGAACGAUGGCCCUGGAAGACGUGGUCAUCCUUAACGUGGACACGAAUACACUGGAAACGCCGUUUGAUGAUCUUCAGAGCCUCCCGAAUGACGUGGUGUCUGCACUGAAGAGCAGGUUGAAGAAGGUCUCCAUGACCACAGGAGACGGCGUGGCCAGAGCGUUCCUGAAGGCCCAGGCGGCUUUCUUUGGGAGCUACAGAAGUGCAUUGAAGAUUGAGCCCGGAGAACCAAUCACCUUCUGCGAAGAAACCUUUGCCUCCCACCGCUCCGCCACCAUGCGACAGUUCCUGCAGAAUGCCAUCCAGCUGCAGCUCUUCAAGCAGUUUAUUGAUGGCCGCCUCGAUCUCCUCAACUCUGGAGAAGGCUUCAGCGAUGUCUUUGAGGAAGAGAUCAACAUGAGCGAAUAUGCCGGUAGCGAUAAGCUGUACCACCAGUGGCUGUCGACAGUGAGGAAAGGAAGCGGUGCCAUUUUGAAUACGGUCAAGACCAAGGCCAACCCCGCCAUGAAGACUGUCUACAAGUUUGCGAAAGAUCACGCAAGAAUGGGGAUAAAGGAGGUGAAAAACCGCUUGAAGCAAAAGGACAUCGCCGAGAACGGUUGCGCCACGGUUCCAGAAGACUCCCUGCCUCAGACCGCUCCUUCCCCGCCGGAGGACAAGAGAGACCCGAAGCUCCGAGAAGACCGCCGGCCGAUCACGGUGCACUUUGGACAGCAAAGCACCCGGCCGGAAAGACCGCCUCCACCCAAGAUCCACCGCUCCUCCAGGCCUGUCCGGCCUCCCAGGCCCCACGUCUCCAGGAGGCCCAAGAGCAACGUUCCUCUGGAUGGGCGAAGGACGUCGGUCUCCAGCCCAGAACACCUGGUCAAGCCCACCCGCCACUAUACGGUCUUUCUCUCGGAGGACUCUUCCGGCGACGAGUUUCCCCAGGAAGACGAUCCCGGCUCUGCCUUCUCUGACAGCUUCCUCUUCUCCGCUCCCUUUGAAUGGCCGCAGCCGUACCGUACGUUGAAGGAGUCGGACAGCGCCGAGGGAGAGGAAGGUGCCAUCCCCGCGAGGCCCCGCGCCCACCCUCCCACGCCAGACAGCCCUGCCGAAAUCAGCCUCUUGGAGAGCCUUUUUUCAGGCCUGGAUGUCGAAGCGCAGCCCCAGAUCCUCAGCCAGGCUAAAAGCUUGGAGGACUUGAGGAUUCCCAAAGAGGAAGAGGAUCGUCUCUCUACCUUCGACUACCAGAGAAUGGAUCCCAGCGUCUCCGAGAAGCUCUGGGUUGCCCCGGGGAUGAAGCCCCCCCACCCCUACAAGCAGCUGUGGGGCUUGGGCCACGACGACAUGGCCAUUCCCACCCGGUAUGCCCAGAGCUCCCCCGAGAGGUCCCUGGCGCCCCUGGGGAAGGCGCCCCCGGUCCCACAGAGGCCGCGCAGCAGGGACGGCAUCCUGGAGCUCGCCGAGAAGGACGCCGGCGGCUCCCCUUCCCCUUCCUCGCAAGGGAGCAUCACCAUCCCACGGCCGCAGGGCAGGAAGACACCGGAGGUGGGCAUUGUCCCCCCGCCGCCUGUGCCCAGGCCCCCCAAGCAGCUGGCAGUUCCGGAUACGGCGACCUCUCUCUCGGGUCGCCACGAGCUGGCCUCGGAGCAUGCCCAAGAGGUGUUUGCAGCCAGAAACGUCCCUCUUGAUUCCAAAUUUGCUGGGUUCGCUGCUCCCCAUCCGCAGCUUUUCGGCAGUGCAGGGAGCGCGACUGAAAUGCUCCAGCCGGUCAGGGUGACUGUGGAGGGUGCCGACAGCGACGACGACUUCCUCCUGACCCUCCUCGACCCCUUGAAAGGAGGGGAGACCAGAAACCUUCUGGGGCCGUUGCCCCCCAGCCCAGCGCUGGGCUUCCCCCCCACCGCAGGGGACCUCAUGCCCCCGACGCCCGCGCUGUUUGGCCAGCAUUUGGGCUGCCCCCUUGCCACGCCUCCCUUCGGCCAGCCUUCUCUCAACCCGUUCAUGCAGGCGGUGCCCUUGUCCCUCUCCAGGCCGGCCGGCAGCCCCUUUGCGCCUUCGCUGGGCCACGCCUACAGCUCCAGCUUCAUCACCUCCACCUCGACCUUCUACCAACCCCAGAGGCCUCCUCCGAACCCCCUGGCGCUCUCCAUGCCCAACCUCUUUGCCCAGUCCCCAGUGGCACCGGCUCCUCCCCAGAGCGCCACCCCACAACCGGCACAGCUUCCGGGCCCUUCCAAAAUCCGGACACUGCCCCUGGCCGGUUCAGCCUCCAAAGCAGAGGCCAGGGUCCGGCCGGCGGAGCGGCCCGUCGACCUCCCGCUGCCUCCGCUCAAGGCCAGAGCGGCCGAACCAGCACCGCACCCGCCCAGGCCUCAGGUCAAGGACCCCUUUGAAGACCUGCUCAUGAAGACCAAGCAGGAGGUCUCAGCCACGCCGGGGAAAGUGGAGCAGCUGAGGCGGCAGUGGGAGACCUUCGAGUGACUCGCCUGGCGGGCGGCUGCCAGGAUUCCUUCCCAGGUUGCGCACUGAGCCGAGGCAGAGCCACCACAUUCCACGGGCAUGGAAGGGUCGCCGGGCGGGAGCCCUCGCCCCUUGGUCAGCGGCGGUGCUGUUGGCACUGUGUCCUGAUCCAGAGCAUAUCCGGGGAAUCCGCACCGGUUCCCUUCCCAAAGUCACCCCUGCCCGGUCGCCCAAAGACGGCUCGGGUAUGGACGCAGAGGUCAUGAGCCCCUUCCCCUCCUCACCCAAAUUCCUGCAUCAGAGAGGUCAGUUGCUCACUGCCACUCUGUUUGUUUCUGCAAUCAUGGUCCACUUCCCCACUUGCUUUUUCACCAGUGGGAUCAGUAUUGAAUUUAAGUAUUUUUUCUUGUGUUUUCACCGGCUGCAAUUCUUUAUUUUUAUUUUUAUUUUGCUUUCUCAAGGAAAUACCGCACACAGGCCCAUCUCUUUGGGUCGAGUUAAUCACUGGGCUUUUUGAACUGAAUCUUUUUUGUUACGGAGUUUUUUUUUGUGUGUUCAUGCAAGUGGGUUAUCUAUGUUACUGGAUAUCCAGUGCUUCUGAACUCUCUCUCUCUCUCCAAAUUUUGCACUCAACGAAGGACCUCUCGCCCUAAGGAAACCCAGUUUCAGUAUUUGUCCCGCGGCACCAGGAAAGGGCCACAGGGCCCGUCAUAUCCGCCAGGGAAACGGAAUCACCAGCAGUGGUCCUUUGGAAGAGCAAGGCUCUCCAUGCCCUUCUCAUGGUUCCCUCAACUCUCCCAUAAUGGUGUAUGUGUAUGUAUAUAAAUCAAUAUAUACAUAUCUAUAUAUACGCACUAAUAGGUCACAGUACAACAACUACAUGUAAUAGUACCUUAUUUUAUUACCAAAAAUGAUAGAAGACCAACGGGUGCCCUCCGUAAUCCGCUUCACACGCAACACAUUGGCAAUGGUGGAUGUUCGGAGGAUCCGAUCAGCGAAAACACGGAUACAAAGACUGUCCGAAAGCCACGAGAUGCAGCAAAGCCAGGAUGGCAAGGGUGUGGGUCUUUCAAAGGGGGUUCCAAGCUGGGUUUGGAUGGGCGGCCUUUGGCAUUGGGCACUGAUGAGCUGAAAGAAGCCGACCCAGAUCCAGAGCAGGCAUAGGCAAACUUCAGCCCUCCCUCUAGGUGUUUUGGACUUUGACUCCCGUGACGUGGGUAUGCAGAUGAUCCCUUGAUCGAAGUGACCAAUUCCAAGAGGACAAAGCCCUCUGGGAGUUUUGGACGCCCAUAACAUGGGUAUGCAGAUUAUCCUUGAUUGAAGUGUCCAAUUCCACAAGGACAAAGGCAUGGACAUGUUAUGGGCAUCCUCGGAGAGUUUUGGGCACCCAUAACAUGGGUAUGCAGAUGAUCCCUUGAUCAAAGUAUCCAAUUCCACGGGGACAAAGGCAUGGACAUGUUAUGGGCGUCAUCUGGGAAUUUUGGGCGCCCAUAACGUGGGUAUGCAGAUGAUCCUUGAUUGAAAUGUCAAAUUCCAAGAGAACAAACGCAUGGACAAACUUCAUCCGACCAGGAGUUUUGGGCGCCCAUAACGUGGGUAUGCAGAUGAUCCCUUGAUUGAAGUGUCCAAUUCCAAGAGGAUAAAGGCAUGGACAUGUUAUGGGCGUCAUCCAGGAGUUUUGGGCRCCCAUAACGUGGGUAUGCAGAUGAUCCCUUGAUUGAAGUGUCCAAUUYCAMRAGGAYAAAGGCAUGGACAUGUUAUGGGYGUCAUCCAGGAGUUUUGGGCGCCCAUAAGGUGGGUAUGCAGAUGAUCCCUCGAUUGAAGUGUCCAAUUUCACAAGGACAAAGGCAUGGACAUGUUAUGGACAUCCUCCAGGAGUUUUGGGCACCCAUAACGUGGGUAUGCAGAUGAUCCCUUGAUUGUCCAAUUCCAAGAGGACAAAGACAUGGACAAACUUCAGCCGUCCGGGAGUUUUGGGCACCCAUAACGUGGGUAUGCAUAUGAAUUGGACACUUUGAUUGAAUUGUCCAAUUCCAAGAGGACAAAGGCAUGGACAUGUUAUGGGCAUCCUCCGGGAGUUUUGGGUGCCCAUAAUGCAGAUGAUCCCUUGAUCGAAUAAAAAUACAUCCUGCAUAUGCAGAUGAUCCCUUGAUCGAAGUGUUCAAUUCCAUGAGGACAAAGGCAUGGACAUGUUAUGGACAUCCUCCGGGAGUUUUGGGCGCCCAUAACGUGGGUAUGCAGAUGAUCCCUUGAUUGUCCAGUUCCAAGAGGACAAAGGCAAACUUCAGCCGUCCAGGAGUUUUGGGUGCCCAUAACGUGGGUAUGCAGAUGAUCCCUUGAUUGACUGAAGUGUCCAGUUCCAACACCAUUCCUAACAGCCUCAGGCCCUUUCCUGAGGAAGGGGAAAAGGAAGGGGCCUGAGUCUGUUAGGAAUGGUGGGAGUCGAAGUCCAAAACCCAUGGAGGGAAGGCCCAAGUUUGAAAGGAGAUUGCUCAUCCAUUCCACGAUAGCCUCAAAUGAUUCCAGCCUCUCGGUGGCAUGUUUGCUUACUUCUUGCUUUCUACAACGCUAUAGGUCAAGACUCUUGUUUUAUUUGGUCACUCAAGUUUGGGGUCAACUUGGCUAGUAUUAUUAUUUUUUGUUACAUUUCAAUGGCCAUUGGGCUUCCCAUUGGCCUGCACACUCAAGGCAUCACUUUGCACCCGCCCGCCGCGUGAGAGGCCAGUCCUCCAAUGCUACCUCCUUUUCGUUUCCACCGGGUUUUUGGGGUUGUUUUGGCUGCUUCUUCUUUCCGUGGUGUCUCCGUCCUCCUUGCUUCGGCCUGUACACUGCGAAGGACACCCGCGAUUCCGCCGGACGCCGACCGUCAAAGGGCACCGCUUGGCACCGCGUCCGCGUAGUCGCGCGGCUGCCAAGUACGGUUGCUUUUACGAGGCGCCCGCUCUGUUUUGUAUUCUCUCUUUUUUGCUGGGAAAAAAAGAUGUCUUUUGAUAUUGCCUAAUUCUGAAAUAGUAAAAUAUUUGAAGUCCAA